AUGCAUACAACACUUAAGUUUUAUGUAAGUAUUAUAGCAUACUCACAGGCUAAUGAUGCCACGCAACGCCGGCAUGUCCCGGCGACGAUUCAAAGGCGGCGACAUAGACAACGACAGGAACUCCUGCUGUCGGUCUUCAUCGAUGCUGGUGUUGAAGAUGCGCGUCGUCGGCAAGUAGCCAAUUUGCUGCAGAAAAUCAUCACGAUACGAGAGUUUCGUCGACGAUUGCGACGACGUCAGCGGAAAGUGGGUGGAAUGCGACAUAACACCCACACCACCGACACCACUGCCGCCACCACCGCUCAUGUGCCGAUCAAUGGACGAUUGUUUCUGCAUGGCGGACGUUGGGUGGUGGAAGUGUGUAUGGAAGUGAUGAUGUGUCAAAUAAUUACUGUGACCGCCAAUGCCGGCACCACUACCAACAGCGACGCCGCUGCCGCUGCUGUUACCGCUGUUAAGUGGCGCAAUGAUUUUGUCAUCGAAACUGCGCCGAAAGCUAAAACCUUUAAUUGUGCUGUAAUUGCGAUGGGUUAGCGGUGUUGUGCC